AUGGCGCUCCGUCUCCCCGGUGCACGCAGCUUUAAGCCUGUUCGCGGGAAGCCGCGCCCCCGUCUCAGCCAUCCUGCGCCGGGCGGACCGGCACAACCACCCGCGCCACCGGGCGCACAAUCCCAACCCCUUCCCUCUACGUCCAAGCCUUCACAACCCACAAUCUCCCAGUCUCAACCGCCACGUCCGCGACCCGUUCCUAAGGGGAAAGAACCGCUCUUCACCAGCGCCGAAGAUGACGAACCUCUUCUCAAAUCGAUAUCCGAUGACCUUCCUCCAACCGUAGCAUCAGCAGACCUCCCGCCGUCCGUCGCGCCUGUCGCAGACUUCCUACCAUCCGUCGCGUCCGUUGAUCUCCCACCAUCUGUCUCUAGUCGUCCUCCUACAGUCGCGGCUGUCCAUGAGGACCCACCAUCCGUCGGUGCAGCCCCCCCCUCCGGCGUAGUUCCUUCCCUCGAUGUCGAUGCCCAACCAGCCUCCUCCAUCCCUGAACCGUCCCUCGCCACCCCAUCCUCGUCGCGCGCAGUGACUCCCUCCCGCUCAAGCACGCCGCUCAAGAGAGGGGGGAAGUCGGCACUUCUAGCCGCGGCGGCGUCCAGCUCCUCGCCUAUUAUCAAGCACGGGAAGAGUCGCGGGCGCGCUCCAGUCCGUCCUGCCCCGCGACUGGGUGCAGCACCGUCACCUGCCCCAGAGCUGGACGACGACGACCGGUCCAUCCGGUCCGCGACGCCGGGGACAAGGAGGGUGUACCCUCCCAAGCGCCCGAAGCACAUAGUGGCGGACGCUGAUGCGCCUUCUCCCGCCGUCGUUGAUGCGCCGCCUGUUGUUGCACUGGAUGGGCCCGCAAGCACUGCCGAGGCUGGGUCUCCAGCUGUGCUCCCGGUUGACGAUGGACCACCUGCUGUCGGAUCUGCUGACGACGCGCCGCCUCUUGUCGGUUCCGUUGCCGACGGCCCGCCUGCCGUUGGUACUGUUGAUGUCGCACAUGCUGUCCUUGCCGUUGUCGAGGACCAACCUCCUGCCGUUGCUGCUAUUAACGGUGGCCCUCCUGCUGUUGGCGCUGUCCAUGACGCAUAUCCAUUCGUCGGCAUUGCUGACGACGGACCUCCAGCUGUUGGUGCGAUCCUGGACGACGUGCCACCUGUCGUCGGAUCCGCAUCACGAUCUGUGUCCGAUCUCCCAUCCGCGGUGGGGGCGGCUAGUACCUCCACUCCCAGCGCGGCGCAGCUCGCAGCCGAAGCUGUCGCGUCCAUCACUCCCCUCCAAGGGCCUGCUCAAACCCUUGGCGCUCUGGCGGGCUCUCGCCGCAGAAAGCGCCGUGCUCCUUCAAACUCUGAGACCCAGGACUCAUCUGCUGGAGACGAGGCCGAUAUCGACGCUGACGACUCUGAAGAUGUGCUGCCUGUACCAGCUCCGAAGAAGAAGCGCGGGCGCCGGAAGAAGGCGACUGCUGAAGGAGCAGAAGAAAGCGAAGCCGACAACUCGGCGUCCACACCCAACAAGAAGCGCAAGGCUAAGGCGCCAGCGUCCGGCCGACCCCAACCCCGUGCCCCGCCCCGUAUUCAGAACCCUGAACUUGACGGCGUCGAGGCCGACGAUAUGGUCGGCGAAGAGAAGGUUAACAUGGAGGAGAUGAGUCUCAGCCAGGUCGCUUCGUUAUCGCGUGGGCGGGUCUCGGCACGUGCGCUCAAGCUUCAUCAGUUCCAGCGCUCUGAGGCCGAGCGCAAGGCAAAGGAGCGCGCCGAUAAGGCAGAGGAGAGGUGGAGGAAGCGCCGCGUCAUUCGCCGCAAAGCACGCGAGAUCAGGAACGAGAAGCGCUCUGAGCGGCGUGCGGCCGGGAGCCAAGAUGAGGUGUCCGACGAUUCGGUCAACUCUGCAAGCGACAACGACGACGAGCCUGAGCGUCUCACACCUCCCAGCUCGCCGAGCUACUUCGGACGUGUCCUACGCAACGCUCCGGUCGUCUUCGAUGCGGAGCAACGUGCACGCAUGCAGAAAGAGACUGAUGAGAAGGCCGCGAGCAGCUCGCGCGCUGCUCGGCGCCGUCAAGAUGACGAUGAGGACAUUGAGGGCCUGGGCCUCUUCGGCAACAACUAUGACGAUGACGACGACGACCCAAUGGACGAUCUCGAGGACCUUGGCGAGGACUUCCAGCUUGAGGUCGAGGCCGACGAGCAGCCUGCCGGGGGUGAAGAAGGCGACGGCGAAUUUGCGGGUCUCACCGAGAGCCAGUUCACCGGCGGCCACUUCAACGAGGCUGGCGAGUGGGUCGAGGAAGGAGGCGACGCCGGAGCGGUCCUCCAGCGCCGUAACGAGGAGGAGCGUCGACGUAUCUUGGCGGGCACAGGCGACCGCGUCGUGGAGAUUGUCGACAACGAGACGCAGUUUAUCAACUCUGCGACCUGGGGCAAGAAGGUCUCAAACGAUCGCUGGACGGCAGAGGAGACCGAGCUGUUCUUCAGCGCACUACGUGAGACGGGCGAGAACUACACGCUCAUGAAGGCGUACUUCCCGGGGCGCAACGUGAGACAGCUGCGGCGCAAGGCGCAGCGCGAGAACAAGUCGAACCCGGAGCGCAUGUACGAUGCGGUGAUGAACCGCAAGCCCAUGGACUACAAGUACCUGGCCAAGUCGUCAGGGUUUAACAGCACUGAGCCGUACGACCACGAGCACAAGUUCUUGGCGGACUUGAAGGAGGAGCAGCUGCGACAGGCGGAGGAGGACCGGCAGGCUGCGCUUGCCGCGAAGAAUGCGCCGCAAGUGGCAGAGUUUGGCGAUGUGGGCAUGGAGAUGGACGUCGAGGUGGAUGAGGAUGCGUACGAUGGGCUAGAAGAAUGGGGAGAGGAGGACGAGAAUGCCGAGUUUGUGUAG